AUGAAUCUCAAUGGGCUUUCCUGGCCUACGAAGCACCUUCACGCGAGCACUAGGAACGGAUCGACAUGGGGCUAUGUCAUUUACCGCACCACAUAUACUCCCCAUUCCAAUGCCGCAUUCCUCCGGAUUAUCGACCUUCUCAACUCCUACAUGAAACAGGGGCUAUACUCUGAAUGCGUCUCCUCAGAAAACAAUACCUCAACGAAUACAGACCUCACUACAUAUCACGAGAUCUGGGCUCAGCACCGUCCAAUCGUCAUGAACCAUCCGAGAUUUGACGGAGCUUCGAUAGACUCAAUCCGCGCACAUUUCCGAUGCUGGGUUGGUCAACAGGAGGAUCAAGGCUAUUGUACUCAGUAUCGCAUGUGUAUGAUGAUCGACGAAGAGUCUUUACAGACGUUGCUGGAUGCUCCGCCGCCCCAAGAGAGCUCGGAUGAAAAGAUCAUUGAUCCAAUGCGACAUGUAAAGGUGGUAACACUACUUCCGGAUAGCGAUGAUGAUGAUGAGUUUGACAGCUUUUUGGGUGGAUAG